AUGGCAACUAUUUCCAAUAAUGGAACAACAAAACAAAAAUCACGUUUAGAUCUCGAUGGUUACUCAUAUAUAAAAGAUCGAUCUACUAAUGAAAAAACGUACUGGCGUUGUAUAAAAUACUCAACACAUCGAUGUCGUUCUCGGCGUCAUACAUUUGUUAUUACGAAUAAUAUUAUUAAAACACCAACAGAACGUACAUGUAAAUCUGAUGGUAUAUCAUUUGAACAACGAAAGUUUGAUGAAAGAAUUGUUCAACGUGCUCGUUUUACUCAAGAAGCACCAGAUUUAAUUGUUACUGAUUGUUACAAAGAUAUGACUGAUCAAGGUAUCUCUCGUUUAUCUUCACGUGAUAACAUAAAACGUCGAAUUAGAAUGCUUCGUCAGUCUAAACAUGUUAUAGUAGCACCAAAUGAUCCAAGUUUUGAAUCUAUUCCCACAUCCUUAACCAAAACUGUUCGUCUAGAUCAAUUCUUGUGGUGUGACACUGGUCCAGAUAUGCAUUUCAAUGUAUGA